AUAUAUAUCGUCCAGGUGCAUAUACAUUGCACAAGAUCAGGUCAUGGGAGAGUAAGAUCUAUUGUUGUUAACCAAAUCUGCAAACAUGGCUAUGUAAAUUUCCAAUCAAUGGCGUCUCUCACCACGCAAACAUCCCCUUCUGCUUCUUCGCAUGAAUGGGAUGUUUUCCUCAGUUUCCAUGGCAGGGACACCCGCCAGAGAUUUACCGCUCAUAUGUAUAAAGCUUUGGAACAAAGAAGCCUUUCCACCUUUAUGGACGAUAAAGAAUUGGAGAGGGGAAGAUAUAUAUCUCCAGAACUCUUGAAUGCAAUUGAAAACUCCAUGUAUGCGGUCGUCGUUCUCUCUCCAUGCUACGCUUUUUCGAGGUGGUGCUUAACCGAACUCACCAAGAUCGUUGAAUGCAUGGAAAAGAAGGGGUUGAUACUUUUGCCAAUUUUCUAUCAAGUGGAUCCCUUUGACGUGAGAAAUCAGAAAGGUACUUUUGCAAAAGCUUUUGUUAAACAUGAAAACGAUCUCAGGAUUGUCGGAGAUGAUCUGCAAACAUGGAAAUCUGCUUUGAGCAAAGUGGGCAAUAUCUCCGGAUGGGAUUUACGCGAUAGAGAUGAGUCAACUGUUAUUGAAGAGAUCGUAGGAGAGAUACUUGCUAAAUUAAAUUCUACAUUCUCGACUGUUUCCAAGAAGCUUGUUGGAAUAGACUCUCGUCUAGAGAAAUUGGUGAAUUUAUAUUUAAAUAUUAGGCGGGAUGAUGUUCGCUUUUUAGGUAUAUGGGGGAUGGGUGGUAUUGGGAAGACCACUCUUGCACGUGCUGUUUAUGACAAAAUUUCUAGUCAAUUUAAAGUUAGUAGCUUUAUUGCCAAUGUUAGAGAAACAAGUACUCAAGGUGGUCUUGUUAAUUUACAAAAACAACUUCUUGCCGAUCUCUUCAAGGAUAAGAGUAGCGACAUAAAGGAUGUCGACAGAGGAAAGAACAAAAUAAAACAUGGACUACGUCAUAGAAGGGUUCUUCUUGUUGUGGAUGAUGUGGAUCAAACCCAACAAUUAGAAGCAUUAGCAAUUGAGCGUGAUUGGUUUGGUGGAGGGAGUGUAAUCAUUAUAACAACAAGAGAUAAGCAUCUGUUGAUAGAACGUGGAUUGGCUGAGGAUGAAAUAUAUAGGGCUAAAGAAUUGGAUGACGAUGAAGCUCUCCAACUAUUUAGUUGGAAAGCCUUCAAGAAAGACCUCCCUCUAGAAGGUUUUGUGGAGCUUUCCAAGGAAAUUAUACAUUAUACUAAUGGCCUUCCUUUAGCUCUUGAAGUUUUGGGUCGUUUCUUGUGUCAUCCAAAUGUAGUCUUUUGGGAAAGUGCUUUGAGAAGUCUAAGACAAGACCCCAUGAAAGAAAUCGUGGAUAUACUUAAAAUAAGCUUCGAUGGACUCCAGGAAAAACAGCAAAAAAUCUUUCUAGAUAUUGCAUGUUACUUCAAAGGGGAGAAGUAUGUCGACCGUGUCAAGAGCAUACUAGAAAGUUGUGAGUAUGAACCAAUCAGCGGUAUAGAUAUUCUUAUCAGUAAGUCUCUUGUAACAAUCUCGGAAGGAAGACUAUGGAUGCAUGAUCUACUCCAAGAAAUGGGUCAUAAAAUUGUUCGCCACCAAUCUCAGGGAGAUCUUGGCAGACAGACUAGGUUGUGGCUCUCUAAUGAUAUCAUUCGUGUACUGAAGAACAAUAGUGGAACAAACUUGAUCGAAGGCAUAGUCCUAAACUCUCCUCCACAAGAAGAACUAAACUUGAAUUCUAGCGUCUUCUUGGAGAUGAAGAACUUAAGAUUGCUCAAGAUCACAGGUAAUGUGCACCUUUCUCAAGGCCUUAGUUAUCUUUCUACAGAGUUGCGGGUUAUGGAGUGGCAUGGAUAUCCUUUAAAAUCUUUGCCAAUGGGUUUCCCACCUGAUAAACUCGUUGAACUCAAUAUGCAUUGCAGCCACAUUCAGCAACUGUGGCAGGGAACUAAGAGUUUAUACAAGCUAGAGCAUGUUAACCUUAGUUACUCUCGGUACUUAGUGGAGACCCCGGACUUCACUAAUGCCCCAAAUCUUAAGAGGCUGAUUCUUCAUGGCUGUACAAAAUUGCGUAAUCUCCACUCAUCGGUUGGAGCUCUAAAACGCCUUAUUCUUCUGAAUUUGAAAGGUUGCACAUCUCUUACAAGCCUUCCCUGUAACAUUAGCUGGGAUUCCCUAGAAAUUUUGAUUCUUUCUGGCUGUACGAGACUUUGGAAGUUUCCAGAAACGGUAAGAAAUAUGAAUCGUUUGAGGCAACUUGAUUUGGAUGGGAUUGCACUAGAAGAACUUCCAUCAUCAAUUGGGCAUUUAACUAGCCUUACUUAUUUGAGUUUGAGAAGCUGCAAAAGACUCUUGAGUCUUCCAAGUGCUAUUUGUGGUUUGACAUCUCUUAAAACUCUCGCUCUCUUUGGUUGUUCACAACUUGAGGAAAUGCCCGAGGGAUUGGGGAAUUUGGAACAUCUGGAGGAGCUCGAUUUAAGUGAAACCGCUAUAAGGAAAUUUCCAUCCUCCAUUACACGUCUACAAAAUCUUAGAAUGUUGUCCUUCCAAAGAUGUUCAGGUUUGCCACCUAAGUCGUUUCUCAAACGAUUAGUAACUGGGUUUUGGGGGAACCCCAACACUGGUUUGGUGUUGCCUACUUCGAUGUCAAGUACUCCAUGCAGCUUGAAUAUGUUAGAUUUAAGUUAUUGCCAUUUAAUGGAUGGAGGAGUUCCCGAUGACCUGAGUGGCUUGUCAUCGCUACAAUUUCUAGAUCUAAGUGGAAAUGAUUUCACGCUCUUACCUGAAAGCAUCUCUCAACUUUCGAAGCUUUUUAUCAUUUACUUGAGAUGCUGUAGCCAACUUCGAUCAUUGCCAGAACUUCCGUCAAUUAUAGUAUACGAUAAUGCUCAAGAUUGUAUCACAUGGAAAAAACGUUCUAUUGACAUUAAUAUAUUGGUAGUAGAUGCUGGAUCAGCUAUUCUAAAGAGUACCCAUAAGCCACAUCGAUUGGAUGAAAGAAUCAUUAUGGCAGAAAUUGAUGUUGCGGCCAGAGGAGUAGGAAUUCCAAUGUAUUUCCAGAAUCAGAGUAUGGGUUCCUCGAUUACAAUCUCAUUAAAUUCGGAUUUGGAUGAUAGUAGAAAGUGGGUGGCAUAUGCUCUUUAUAUUUUCUAUGAAAUCAAUGACCUUGAAAGUUGGGAGUCAACACGUUUUACGAGAUUAGAUUGUGAGGAGCUUGUGUUUCAUUUUGUUACCGAUGAAGUUCCUUUCAAAGCCCUCCUAAAGUUCGAUACACUCCAGAAAUUCCCCAAUACUAUUGAUACACCAGCAGGAUAUUGGAUAUAUGUACCACGCAAAUGGUUUGAUGAAAAGUCAAAUGAGGUGGAUACAUGGAGUUACAUUGAGGUUUCAAUUACGAUUGGCAAUCCAAUCACGAAGGUGGAAAAGUGCGGGGCUCAACUAGUAUACGUGCAAAAUUUUCCAGAGUUUAUAGAUGCAGUUUUCUGGCAUCCUCAUUUUACGAAUAAAAAUUCAAUUGUGACAUCCUUAAUUUACGAUUAAAAAUUCAAUGAUGACUUUGGCUAAUAGACUUUAAAAAUAAUUUACAUUGAAUUAUGCAAAUUCAAAAGGAUAUGACUUUAACUACAGUAAUUUGGGAUUGGUGGUUAUAUUUGGUGGUCACUGUAGCUAGACCAAAUUGAUUAAAAAAUAUUUUUAAGUACUUGCUAUUUCCUUUGCUUUUUCUUUUGCCCCAUUUAUUUCGUUUCAAAGUUUUUUUUUUUUUUUUU